AGAAAGGGGAGAGAGUUGGUUAGCGAGAGAGAGAUAGAGAGAGACGGAGACAGAGCGAGAGUAAGAGAGUUUUCUUCAAACAACAGUGAUGGAAACGUUGUUGUAUCUCACCCUGCUAAUCUCAGGGUUCUACACACCUUCCUCAUGUCUUCAUCAGUAUCACCUCAUUAGCAACUAUAUGAACUGGACUGAUGCCCAGAGUUACUGCAGAGCACAUUACACUGAUCUGGCUACAGUAGAUGACAUGGAGGACCUGAACAGGCUGAUGACCAGUGUCAGUAGUUAUCAUUUCUGGUUCAUUGACUAUACAUUAAAAUUAAGGCACUGGAUUGGACUGAAGAAGGGAGACUCCAUGAAGUGGAACUGGUCUCUGGCAGACAGACGUUUCUACAGAGAGGGGGAGACUGAGUUCAGAAACUGGGACACUGGGACGCCCCAAAAUGGUAACUGUGCUUUAAUGACUACAGCUGGUCUGUGGAACAACACCUCCUGUGAUGACCAGCAUCACUUCAUCUGUUAUGAUGGAAAACAAGACACCAACCUAACAUACGUCUUAAUUCAGGAGAACAAGACCUGGAUAGAUGCUCAGAGUUACUGCAGACAGUAUCACACAGACCUGGUCAGUGUGAGGAACCAGACUGAGAACACAGAGAUAGAGAAGAAGAUAUCACUGAGGGGACUUCCUGUGUGGAUCGGUCUGUUUCUAGACUCCUGGAGAUGGUCAGACCAGAGUGACUCCUCAUUCAGAAACUGGUUGUCAGGACGGCCUUCAACAGAUCAGGGAUACAACUGCACUCUGGUGCAUUCUAAUCCUUCUGAUUAUACUAAAUGGGUAAAUCAACCCUGUGACGUCAACUAUCCUUUCAUCUGCUAUGCUGUGGAGACCCCUGAGAAACCUCAACUGAAGAGACAGGUGGUGAGAAUGAAGAUGACCCCAAAGGAUCAAAAUAUGAACCUCAGUGAUCCUGCUGUUCAGGACACCAUCUUACAAGUUAUAAGGAACAAGCUGAAGGAGCAGGGGUUACCUGCAGACACCAAAGUGACAUGGAAAAAGCAGCCUGAUGGGAAGGUCUUCCACAAGGAGGAAGAGGGGUCUCCCAAGAAAGAAGAGGAGGAGAAGAAGAUGAAGAGGAUGAUGACAAAGAGAGAACUCUAAUUAUGUUAAAUGUUCUCCUAACUUUUCUCUUUUUUAAAUUUAGAUCUGUACUGGGAUGUAUUUUCUGAACCUAAUUCAAUGUGUUUUAUUAAUUAAAUUGUUUAAGUAUAAACAUUAAUAGUUUAUCUUGAGAUGUUUUUCUUGAUAAUUUUCUUGACUUGGUUGUUUUAUUACAAGGUUUGUUCUCAAGAUAGACAUUUCACACAUCAUGUCUGUAAAUGAGUUAUUUGUAGUUAUGUUGAUAUUCAGGGCUGUGAAAGAGUAUUUGCCUCCUUUCUAAUUUGCUCAACUUUUACAGAUUUAAGAUGCUGAAUGUUAUCAGAUCUUCAAAGAAAACAGAAUAUUAGAUGAAGGGAACCUGAGUGAACAAGUAACACAACA